AUGACAAGGAAGAAAACAAUGACAAUAUUGUCACCAAUACAGAGGGAAAUAUUUAUGAAAAACAUCAAAUAAAUUCUCUUCUGUUCAGACAUGGCUGUCCCAGGCAAAAAGACGCCCAAAACAUUUUCAUCAUCGUCAACAAUGGGCUCUGAUGAAACCAUUCAAGUGUAUUGUCAGCCUUGUGACCGUGAUGGUCCUAGACUCCCUGCCCAUGGCUACUGUGUUGACUGCAGGGAGCACUUGUGCGACAUUUGUUUGACGGCUCACAAGAGACAUACCCUUUCAAGGCACCAUACUCUUCUAGAUGAUAACAACAUGCCACAAACUAUGUCUUCAGCCUCUAUUCGUCCAAGCCGGCCUGACAGCCUUACUAAACCUUGCCCUAGGCACAUGAGAGAAAUUAUCAAGUUCUACUGUCAGAACCAUGAAGCACUACUCUGCAGUGUAUGUGUUACCCUUGAACACAUAGGCACAUCUUGCAAAGUCAACUACAUUCCUGAUAUUUCUGACCAGGUCAUAAACAGCAAAGAACAUCAAGAUAUCUUGAAAGCUAUUGAUACCAUUUCUGAGCAAUAUCACAAGAUUUCAAAAGAUGUUAAAAGCAUUACAGCAAAGUUCAACAAUUCUUUGGCAGAUGUACUGGCUGAUAUAAAUAAGUUUCGGAAAGAAAUAAAUCAAAGACUAGAUGAAUUAGAAAGACAAGCAGAAGAUGCAGCAAAGACAAUCCAACAAGAAAAAGACAAGAACCUGAAGACAGUAGAAACAAUUUGUGAUGAUGUAACAAAAUCUCUGAAGACAUCAUCUGACUCCAUUAAACAUCUCAACACAACCAAACAAGCAGACAAACUUUUCAUGGAGCUGAAAUUAGCCGAGCAAAUGAUCAAAGAUUAUGAGAAAUGUGUCCACCAACUAGCAGCAUGUGAUAUCAAAGAGUACAUCUUUAAACCAAACAAAGCAAUAUCAACCCUAUUUGACAAGGAAAGGUCACUGGGUACAAUCACAGAGAAAUCAUUAAAACAACAAAGUCCACCUCAAACUGUUAAUAUAAAAUCCAGACAAACUUCACAACAGGGUAAAAUCUGUGUAAAGACAUCAAAAGAUAAAGUCAGAUGUGGGAUAACAGGAAUGAUUUUCCUUUUUCCUGAUCUUCUUAUCAUCACUGACUGGUACAACUGUGCUGUUAAAAUAGUGGAUACCUGCAGUCACACAGUUACUGAUCAGUUACAACUAGAUACUGAGCCCAGGGAUGUCACCUCAGUUACUAGUACAGAGCUUGCUGUCACACUUCCUGAAAAACAAAAUAUUCAGUUCAUAUCAGUCACCUCAAACAAACUCAAGGAGAAACAAAUUUUCAAGGUUGAUGGAAAAUGUCAUGGUAUAAGUUGCUGUCAGGGGAAACUUGCUGUGUCAUUUAUUGACCCUGCAAAACUCCUAAUUCUUGAUACCAAUGGUACUAUACUGACAACAGUCAGGAGAGAAGAUAUUUUAAUGAAACCAGAAUAUCUUACCACUAACACUCAUUCUGUCUAUGUAUCUGACUCGGUAAUGAGAACAAUUACAAGGUUAAACUGGCAGGGUGAGGUGAUUGGUAGUUAUGGUGGUAUGGCUAGACCUUAUGGUAUGGCACUGUCAGAUGAUGGUUCUGUUUUUGUGUGUGACUAUGGCAGAAACGUUAUAGAAGAGAUAGCAGGUGACUGUUCCACAGGAAAUGUUGUGUUGAGGGGCCUCAAUAGUCCCCGCUUUGUCUGUUGGUGUGCUGAAACAAGUAAACUCUACUUCAGCUGUCUUACUGAACAGGACAAAGAUGACAAAUUUGUUCAGGUCUUCAAGCUGUCAUAACUAGAAGAAAACUCAUCGUUUACAAGGUGUCUAACAUGAUGUCUACACGAUACCAAGGCCAACACUAAUGCAAAAGCUCUUGUAGCUUUCAAACUUUCAAGCCGUUGUUUGUUAAAAAAAAAAUGAGCAUAUUCUUUUUUUUUUCAAUAGAAAAAUUGGGGAAAGAUUUAGAUAUUGUAAUUCAAAGAGGAUAUCUGUCUGUUUCAGCAUAAGAUCCAAAUAUCUUUUACUAAAUGAACACAAAUGCAAGAUUUUCGCCAGUAGAGGUGCGGUUGAGAAUCUGAUUUCUUUCCCACAGGUCGCGGCUUCAUAACCCAAAAAAUCCUGUCAUGAGUACAGGUCAGAAAAUCCAAGAAGCAGUUAUAUAGCCUAUUUAACAAAAGAUUGUAAGAACUUUCAUUACAUUCAAUGUUAAAUAAAUAUGUUAAAGACCACCUAUGAAUCGAGAUUUCUGAUCCUGAUAUCUGCAGUUAACUAUAACCUGUGAACUAAGACCACCUCAAAAUAAAGACUAACUUUAAACUC